AUCUACCAAUAAAUACAAAAAGAACUUAAAAAAAGUGAAAGAACUUAAUACCUUGCCCACCACCCUCAAUCCCAAAUUUAAAAAUCUCCCCUUUUUCCCCUUUCAUCUUUAUAACACAAGGCUGUCCAUCUUAUAAUCUUUGAUCUAAACUAAAAACCCAUACAUGAUUCAAUAAUUAUGACUUUAUGCACCGAUGAUGAUCCAGAACUUUCUAGAAGACAACCGUCCUCCUCCACUGAUCUUGCCGGAAAAUCACAACAAGUUUGCACUAAGGAUUCAUCAUGUCCUUCUUGUGGCCAUCAAAUCAAACUAAUUCGUGACAAGAAGACAUCUGGGAUUCAUAGUCUCCCGGGUUUACCAGCUGGGGUGAAAUUUGAUCCGAGUGAUCAAGAACUUCUAGAACAUUUGGAAGCUAAGGCCGGUUUGGAUUGUUCCAAUAUUAAUAGUAAGAUUUUUCUUCAUCCAUUGAUUGGUGAGUUCAUUCCUACUCUUGAAGGAGAGAAUGGAAUUUGCUAUACACAUCCCGAGAGCCUUCCAGGAGUAAGCAAAGAUGGGUCGGUUAGACAUUUUUUCCACAGGCCAUCAAAGGCCUACACGACCGGAACUCGCAAGAGGAGAAAAGUUCAAACCGACACAGAAGGAAACGAGACCCGAUGGCACAAAACCGGUAAAACAAGGCCAGUCCUUACCAACGGUAAGAUAAGAGGGUACAAGAAAAUCCUCGUUCUAUACACCAACUACGGGAAACAGAAGAAACCGGAGAAGACCAAUUGGGUCAUGCACCAAUACCACUUGGGAAACAACGAGGAUGAAAAAGACGGCGAGUUGGUCGUUUCCAAAGUGUUUUAUCAAACGCAGCCUCGACACUGCGCUUCAUCGAGCGUUGGAUCAAAAUCUAAGGGUCGUGUGGAUACAACCUUCGUCGAGUAUUGUUGUCCUACAUUGAUAUCGUUUAAUCCAUGUGUCCAUGAUAGCACUACUCAUCAUGUAUAGAGCUGUUAGGGUUUCAUACACAUGUUCAGCCAAGAGUGUAAUAAUAAUGAUGAUAAUAACAUUAAUAAUAGUUUUUGAACUUAU